GCUAAUUUUUUUCCCUUUUUUCCCAUUCCCCGCUUUGUUUUUUUUUAACUUCUUUUGAUAUCAUUAUACUCAGUACAUAUUACUUAUUCAGUUUAUAUGAAAUAUGGAAGAUAUCGAUGUUAGUCCUGCAUUAAGACGUUUACAAAACAAACCUGACAUACCUACCAUUGACUAUUCAGUUCAUACUAUGGAUGAUGGUGCAGUAGUUAGUACUAAAGAACGAGUGAUCAAAGAUGUCCCUGCACCAACUGUGGCACCCCCUACUGAUGAAGAAUUUUGGAGUAAAGAACGCCCUGGUUUACCUGACAUUCACUUCCUUAAGAAUCAUUUUUAUCGUGAAGGUCGUUUGACAGAAGAUCAAGCUUUAUAUAUUCUCGAAAAGACAUCUGAUAUUUUGAAAAGUGAACCUAAUUUACUUGAAGUUGGUGCUCCUAUUACUGUUUGUGGUGACAUUCAUGGUCAAUACUAUGAUCUGAUGAAGCUCUUUGAAGUAGGAGGCGAUCCUGCCAAUACUACUUAUUUAUUUUUAGGUGACUAUGUUGAUCGUGGUUACUUUUCUAUUGAGUGUGUCUUGUAUUUAUGGUCUUUGAAAAUGUGGUAUCCCAAUAGUUUCUUUUUAUUACGUGGAAAUCAUGAAUGUCGUCAUUUGACCGAUUACUUCACCUUCAAAACAGAAUGUCAACACAAAUAUAGUGAUCGAAUUUAUGAAGCAUGUAUGGAUUCUUUUUGCUGUCUUCCAUUAGCGGCUAUUAUGAAUCGACAAUUCUUAUGUGUACAUGGUGGUCUCUCUCCUGAAUUACAAACAUUAGAUGAUUUGCGUAUGAUUGAUCGAUUUCGUGAACCUCCUACUCAUGGUCUAAUGUGUGAUUUACUUUGGGCUGAUCCUUUGGAAGAAUUUGGAUCUGAAAAAUCAAGUGAGCUUUAUGUUCAUAAUCAUGUUCGAGGUUGUUCUUAUUUUUUCAGUUAUCAUGCAGCCUGUCAAUUUUUGGAACGUAACAACUUGUUAUCUGUGAUUCGUGCACAUGAAGCUCAGGAUGCUGGAUAUCGAAUGUAUCGCAAAAGUAAAACAACAUCAUUUCCUUCAGUAAUGACUAUCUUUUCAGCACCCAAUUACCUGGAUGUGUACAACAACAAGGCAGCUGUAUUGAAAUAUGAAAACAACGUGAUGAACAUCCGUCAAUUUAACUGUACACCUCAUCCUUAUUGGUUACCGAAUUUUAUGGAUGUUUUUAGUUGGAGUUUACCUUUUGUUGGAGAAAAAAUUACGGAUAUGUUGAUUGCCAUUUUGAAUAUCUGUAGUAAAGAGGAACUUGCCGAUGAAGAAAACAAAUUAGAUAUCGAUGACAAAUCUGUAUUGGAUGAUGCAGCUGAACAACGAAGAAUAGUGAUUAGGAACAAGAUUAUGGCAGUAGGCAAAAUGUCUCGUGUAUUCUCUGUACUUCGUGAAAACUCUGAAAGAGUGAUGGAACUCAAAUCUUUAUCACCUUCUGGUAAAUUACCAUUGGGAACUCUUGCAUUGGGCGUAGAAGGAAUCAAAUCUGCAAUCACUACUUUUGAAGAUGCCAAACGAUCUGAUUUGGAAAAUGAACGAUUACCACCUACUCGGGAAGUCAAGGAUGCCCUUUUGCGUGAAGAAACAAACAACAAAAUUAGGGACGCUUGUGACGAAGAGGACCAAUCUUUGAAUGAUCUUGCUGAUGCCAUCAUCAAGGAAUCCGACUAGUUAUAUAUACAAUGUUUUUUUAUUCCCUCCCCAUUUUUAUCGUCAUUCUAGCAGUAGUAGUAAUAGUAGUAAUAGUAGUAAUAGUAGU